AUGUGGGAGGACAAAUCUGAAUCACCACGACGACGAAGACCAGCCUUUGAACAGUCGACUCUCCCACUCCGCAUUGAUCUACUGCGAUCGAUAAUGUGGGAUGCAGUCAGCGCUUUCAUUGCUGGUAUCGUGUCGCGAUUCCCGGGAAUUUCGAUAUGUGGAAGUGUCAUCAUAUGCCUUCUGUUGACCGCUGGUCUUCACAACGUUCAUUUUGAACAGGACAUUCGUAAAUCGUUCUCGCCUGAUGAUUCCGUCAGUGGACACGAAGCUCGGCGUUAUCUCGAAUUCCAUAACUUGACGGAAUUUCCUCGAAGGGCAUUCGUAAUUCUGUCAGCAAAAGAUGGUGGUAACAUUCUUCGUGACGGUUACAUUGAUGAGGUACUUCGCUUCGACCAGCUGAUGACAACAUCGUUAGAGGAUCGAAUAAAAAUGGAUCAACGCAAUUGUCAUCCGCUCUGUGCAUUGAACAGACCUUUCCAUAUGAUUAUAAAGGAACUACGGUCGAAUGAGACGGAUCCUGAUCGACAUGUGGGUUAUCCUACGAGCACGUUUCAUGGCACUCCAAUGUUUAUUGGCAUGCACUUUCAUGACGUGCAUCUCGUUCCAGGCACUAGGAAGUUUGAAGCAAAAUCGAUUAUACUAUGGUAUUUUUCUCGGGUGGACACUCCGGAAAGAAAGCGAACGUAUAAAGAUACGACGUUGAAGCUGUUCCGUGUUAGCAAUGAUGGCUCAUUUUCUGAUCUCAUAGACUUUCAUAUAUUUGGUGAUGAAAUUGCAAACUCUGAAAUGGUCCGUGGUGCUCUUGAGGCCACAUUUCUGAUGUCGAUUGGUUUUGUGUUUCUUCUGAUUUUUGUGAUCGCUGUCGUAUGGCGACAGAGUUCCCUCCGUGUAACACCUUUCCUAGUGACUGUCACGUUGAUCACUCCGUUCAUGGCGACAAUGUCAGCUUUUGGGCUCCUGUCAUGGUUAGGAUACCCCAUCUACUCGAUGCAAUGCGUCACACCAUUUCUUGUGCUUGGAAUCGGUGUUGAUGACGCAUUUAUCCUUAUUCAUCGCUGGAAGCAUCGGUCGGAUAUCCCAGAUCGCUCAGUUCGACUAACCAAGGUAAUAGUCGAUGUUGGGCCCUCGAUUACCAUUACAUCACUCACUAACAUCAUAGCUUUCGGUGUCGGAUUCUUCACACCGACACCUCAGAUGUCCUUAUUCUGCUUGGCCACUUCUGUUGCCUUACUCUUCGACUACAUAGUGACAUACACUAUACUGGCACCUGUUGUUUACUUAUGUAGUGACAAGAACGACUACCAGCCAGCACUCCCAUCUAAACCAACAGGAACCGAUUAUGUUGGAAAGUACUCCCGAUUCCUAUGUUCCUUGAAUGGUCGUUUGCUGUGUGGUGUGUUCCUAAUUACCAUCUACUCAAUCUCAGCUGUAGGAGUUUACUCAAUGAAGUCGACUUUUGAACCGGCCAAAGCUUUUCCAUCAGACUCUCCGCUUGUGAAAAGUCUGAAGAAAAUUAGGCCUAUAUUCAACACAUAUUUCCCGGUCAACAUCUACGUGAAUCAUCCUCCAAAAAUUUCUGAUGAGGAACAGCAUUCUGCCUUCUAUAAAAUGAUCUCUGAACUGCGACAUGUAGAAGGAGCAUAUGAUGGAAGUCAAUCAAUGCUGUUCCUCGACGCUUACGAAAAAUUCGACAAGAAGGUGACAGACAUGACGAGGUCCUUCUUCUUCGUUUCCGAUCAAGAGUACAAACCAAGUCUGCACAACAUGCAGUUUUGGUUAGACAAAAUUGGAAACCCACCGAACAUCAGAUACGUGAAAGACAAUGAGACUGACGAAGGUCGACUGACUUCGUUUUCGUUUAUUGUCCUCGGCAAGGGCAUGGCUGAAUGGGCUAAUCGUGCACAUUUUGUGCAAGAACUCCGGCAGGUACUUGCUAAUAAUCCACAAUGGAAUGCCACUCUUUUCGACGGCGACUCAGCAGUGCUUUCGCUAAUUCUUACUGCUGGCCACGACCUUAUCGGAUCUAUUGCUGCCACGGUAGCAUGUAUGGCUGGGAUAUGUUUACUAUUUGUCAAUAGUAGGAUUGGAGUGGUAAUCAUCACGUGUACUAUCGCCUCUAUUUGCUUCUGUCUAGUUGGUCUUUUGUCUUGGUGGGGCGCCGAUCUUGAUCCUGUCACACAAGUAGACGUUCUUUUAGCUACGGGCUUCAGUGUUGACUACACGGCACAUGUAGCAUAUCAAUUUUACCGUUGUCGAGGAUCUGCACUAGAAAGAGUUUCAAGCAGUUUGGGAGAGAUGGCAGCUCCAAUGAUUCAGGCUGGCCUCUCCACCUUCUUGUGCAUGCUACCGCUGAUUUUCGUACCUACUUAUGCGAUUGUGGCUUUCGCUAAAACAAUUUUCAUCAUAGUAGGCAUUGGCCUUAUUCAUGGUUUGUUCGUCCUUCCCGUGCUUCUCUCGCUGUUUGUGCGACCACCUCCAUCCUCACCACUACCGGUCAAAGCAGAACAUCUCAUCGAAAGCCAAUCCAACCAGCAAUAA